AUGGACUCAUCUAUAGGUGGUAGAUUUUUAAUAUGCAAACCCGGCACAUAUCUGUACGACAGCGAUGUUUAUCGAGGACAAAGGAGAAGACCUUGGUUUUCAAUAAGAAUUGGACAAACAUCACCAGAAAUGAAGGAUGAACUAUUUUUGUAAGUUUUUUCCCGUUGUUUUCUAGUCUCAAUCUAAGUUUCGAGAGGAUAUGCAUAGAAUAUGUUGCCUGAGUCAACUUUUUCGGUUAGGCUCUCUCUUUGAAAAUUUGACAAACUUGAACCCAAUUCCCCACUUUUUUGAACGAUUUUCCCAAAUUAUUAGCAGAAAAUUGGCCAACUCCUCCUAUUUCCUUACGUUCUCAUUAAAAAGCCCCCACCCGAUUCUGAUGACCCAUUUAAUGUAUGCGGAAAAAAAUCAAAUUUUGUGUAAGACUUCUGAGACUAGAAACGAAUUCUGAAAAAAUUUUGAUUUUCCGGUAAAAAAACAAAACAUAUUUUCAGAUUGUUCAUAGAUAAAGUUCAUUCUUAUUUUAUCAAAAAAGGUAUCCUUUUGGAUAACGAUUACCUUGUUCGUCGUCCUGAUUUCGAAGAUAAUAUUAGCGAUCUUGAAGAUUGUCGUCUUCUUCUCAAAGAUAUUCUCGAAAAAAGAGAUGAGAAAUAUCUAGUUGGUAUUAUGUCAGUUCCAAUCGGAUUAGUUGUUUGUGAUUUUUCUGAUGGUAAGAGAUACAGUUUCUUUGGAAGUAUAAAUUCAUGAUUUCAGGAUCAAUAGCUGACAAAGUUAUUUCAUAUUAUGCAGAACAUGCGAAUAUAUGUCUUUUUAAUGCUUCCGAUAUCAUUACAGCUUUGAUAAAUUCCGACUUCAGUGAAAUUUUGUUAGUUUAUUUUUGUUGAAAAGCAAUAAUAAUUCUAGACUCACAACUAUUUUUCAGUAAAUUUUGCGACGAAUUUAUUGAUUCAAUUGUGCAAGGAGAGAAUAUUCCACAGAGUAUAGCAGAAAAAAAACCAGUCAAAAAAUUGCAAGAGUUUGGAGCUACGCCAGUUGUGUUCAAUACAAAUUUUUCGCCAAGAUCACAUGAAAAGUAGGUUCUUCCGAUUUAUUUGUAUAUUCAAAUGGUUUAUUUUUCAGAUCACGACGACCUUCUUCAUCUCAAAAUUGGAAAGUUCAACCUCAUAAACCAUCGAAUUCCAAACAAUAUAAAAUGAAUUCGAAUAUUUCGCAACCACCUGGUCUCAAUUUAUCCACUAAUCAUUGUUCUGUUCAACAACCAUCUCAAGAUUUUCCUCCUGGUCUUUAUCCACCUGGAUUGUCUCCUUCUUCUUCAUGUGGAAAAAGUUUGACACCACCAGGUUUGGAAUUACCAAAACCACCCGGUAUUCAAAGGUACUUUAUCGGUUACUUCAGACAUCCUUUUGUAAAUUGUUUUUUUUACAGAAGAAAUGAUAUUGAAGAUUUUGAUGAGAGCGAAUCAGAUGAAAGUGUCAAUGUUCCAGGUCCACAAAGAUCUAUUUCGCCAACAAGAGAACUUUGUACAAUUCGCGAUAUUUUGGAAAAAAGAAAUCAAGUUUUAGACAGACCAUUGAUUGGAGAACCUAGGAAAACAAACAAUUUGAUGGUAUUUCAAAUAAAAUAUAUACGAACUUGUAAUGUUUUGUUUUGCAGGCUAAUGAUAUUGCGAAACCAAUAUUAUUCAAUAGAUUUGGGACUCCUUUCAGAUCUGCUGAAGAUAAUGUCGAUUUUCUUAUUGUUAUCAAUUAUGCUUGCAGUUCAACAAAUCCAGAUGCCAGAAAAAAUAUCGAAAGAAUCAUGUCAAGUUGUUUCACCCAAAGGUAUUUGAAUUGAAAUAUUUCAAUUAUCAAAGUUUUCUUGAAAUCAAUAUUUUCUCAUGACAGAUAUCCGGAAAAUAUCGUUGUACGAUUUAUUGAACCAUGCGCAUUCAAUGGAGAACACCUGGAUAUUGAUUCUGUUGAACUCAUUUUUGAACUUGGAUUUCUAUUCAAUUAUUUGUGCAGAUUGAGACCAACUAUCAAUGAAAAUAUGAGCGAAUGUUGGAAAAGAUAUUGGGAAUCAUGCAAAAGAUUCGAACCAAUUGAUUAUUUCAAUGCUAAUGGAAAAAUCGAAAGAGAAGAUUUUGAUGCACACGACAAUUUAUGUUAUGCAAUAAAUAAAUAUAUGAAUAGUGAGUUGUUUUGAAAAUAGUAUUUCGAAUAAUCAAAUAAUUUCAGAAACGAAGCAUGGAAGAAAUGACGAUGAAAUGAAAAGAAGACGAGAGGAAGAACAUUAUGAAAAAAGACGAAGGGAAGAAGAAAUUAGAAGACAAAAUAUUGAAAAUGAAGAAAGAAGACGAGAAAGAGAAGAAGAACAAGAAAGAUAUCGAGAAACAGAAAAUGCAAGAUAUGAGAAUGAACAAUAUUAUAGAAGAGGUUUGUCAUUUAUUGGAGGAGCCUCAUACUAUUUAUAAUUAUACAAUUCAGAUCAAAAUUGUCAUGCAAGUUCAUCAUCUUCACAACAUUAUGCUGAUCAAAAUCAGGGUUAUGACGAAGUCGAUCAACGGAGUUUUCAACAAAAAUCUGUAAACCAACAGCGUCAGUUUUCAUUUAACAAGUUUAAAUAUUGAGAUUUUUCUAAAGUUAUUAUUUUCUGUAUAAAAAUAGUUAUUCGUUUAGAAAUGGUUCCAAUAUCUGCAUCAAAUACAUCGAGCAACACAAAUAAGCAGGUUGAAAAUCUGAUUUUAAACCUUUAAAAUAAUACAUUUUAUUUUUAGUUUGUUGACAAUUGUCGGAAUAUCAAUGAAGAAUCGGAAAAUAAUGGGUAUAAUAUUUGGAAAAAAUGCGAAAAAAUCGAACCACCGUCCGAUUUUCGAGAUAUGUCUGAAUUGCCAACAUUGAAAGACUAUUUCCACCCAGGUAAAUAAUCAAAUAUUUAUAAUCUAAAUUUUAAAAUUGUGUUUUUUUGUAGAAGAACCCUAUCUUCGCCGAAUUUGUGACGAUGGAAAAUAUAAAGAUGUUCAACAUUAUCUUGAUAUUCAAUAUCGAUUGAUGAGAGAAGAUUUGAUUAGCCCUUUGAGAGAUGGAAUCGAUAUUUAUAAACAGAAUGGUUCGUUUAAUUGUUUCAAAGGAAAAACCACCAUAGGAAUUUUAAAUGUUUGUAUUAUUAGCUUAAAUUUACGAAUCAAGUUUUUUCAAAAUCUUAGAGAUUUGGGCGGGAAAAAUUUUUGAUUCAAAAUUUCUAAAAAAAAAAAUUUUUUUCUCAAAAGUUCUUUCCCGCCCAAAUCAAAAUUUUGAUUCGGGCGUGAAUUCAAAAUUUCCAAAAAAAAAUUUUUUUUAAUUCUUUCGGGAAAAAAAGCAGCCUCGUUAGCUAGUCGGUAGAGAUUGCGCGUAAUAAUCAGAGGGUUUUUGGAUCAAUUCUCGGUGGAAUCCAUUUUGCUUAUUUUGUUAUGUAAUUCAAUAUUUUUGGAUUUCAAUUUGAUUAUCAAAUAAAUAGCGCAUUGUCCACAAUUGAUAUGGAAUUGUUUGGAAAUUUUAGAAAUAAAAUCGAGAAAUAAGAAUAAUUAGCCAAUGAAUGAUAUCCGUCGAAUUCUUCGUCCUUUUUCUACAUCCGAUAUUCCUAAAGCACUAAUUUUUCGAAUUAUCGAACCUUAAAAAAUAUGUCAAAAUGAAACUCCCUCUCCCCUUUCUUCAAUAUUUUUCAUUUGUUCACCAUUUAUUUUUUUGGAAAUUUUUAACAAAAAACAAAUUGGGGGGGGAUCAUUACAUGCGGGAUCUGUUGGGCGAAGAUGCCAUGUAUGCUGAGAGCGGAAAUUUAAAAAAAAAAUAUUUGCGGAUUUUCGCAGACUUUCCCAAUAAUAUUUAAUUUUAGGAACCAGUAGAGAUCAUCGUAUUCCAAAUGUUUUGAAUUCUGAUCUUAUUAUUUAUCGAGUUGAUCGAAUUGAAGGAAAACAAGCCUCGCCAAAAGAUGGAUUCGAAAUGAGAUAUUGUCAUAUUUCAGUAAGUUUUCAUUAGCACUGAUUUCAUUUUUCAAAAAUACUUUUUCUAGUCUCAAACUGCUUUACAAAUAAUGAAUGAAGGAAAAGGUUUUCGAGGCGGCAAUAUUGUGUUAUUUUCUUCUGAUGGUUUUGUUAAUGAAAUGCAUUUGGCGAUUUUGAAUGAUUUGAAAGAUGGAAAAUGUAUUUCGAUUAUAAUUGUUGAAGAAAUGAAAGAAAGACCAAUUGAAUUAAACAAACCAUAUUUGAUGGCUGAAGCGAAUAGUUAUUUACCUGCUUACAAAUUCGUUUUGAAAAAUCUUCAAAAGGUCAAUAAAUUCAUACCGAUUCCAUUUCAAAGAUAUUUGUUGAAACCACAAAAUGAUAUUUUUCGACCUGCAUAUCAAAGACAAGAGAAAUCUGAAAAUCAAUUGAAAUUCGAGAAAACUUUGGAAGACCAAUUCAAUGAAGUUCGAUCAAUUGCUGUUGCGAAAAGAAUUAAUAAUGGAAAAAAUGUUGAACAAAAGAAGAAGAGAAAAAGAUCAAGAUCAAGAAGAAGAAGAAGGAAAACCCGAAAUUGGGAUGAAGAUUUCAGCGAUGAAGAUUUCAGGUGAGUUUUGAGUUUAUGAUGUUGUUACAAGUUUUUUUUAAUUUAGAAAAGAUUGUGAAGAGAGUGAAAGUUGUGAUGGUUCGGAUGAAGAAUUGUAUUGGCUUGAAAAACCAAUAAUAAAAUCACCAAUUGGAUAUUUAACAUCUGAAGAAGGAAACAAAAUUCAAAUCGACGGAAAAUGGUAUCACAUAUCGAAUUUGUUGUCCGAAUUUUUCCCAAAAUACAUGGAUGAUAGUCAACGGGUUGCAUUUUGUAGUUCAUUUCAACGAGAAUUAUCAAUAAUUCAAGGACCACCUGGAACUGGAAAAACACAUAUUGGAGUUGAAAUUGUGAAAACAGCAUUGAAAAAUAGACAACAUUGGAGAAUGACUGAACCAAUUCUUAUUGUUUGUUAUACAAAUAGUGCGAUUGAUCAAUUUCUCGAAAGAAUUUAUAUGAUGAUUAUGUCUGACGAAGAAUUAUCGAAAGAUGAUGGAAAACCGAAGAUUAUUCGAUUCGGUUCAAAAUCCGAAUCACAAAUCAUUUCAAAGUUUGUAUAAUAUGAUUAUUAGAAUAUUUAUAUUAGUUUUUAUUUUUUCAGAAGACGUCUUCUACGGGAAAAUGUGGUGGCGGAUUAUAGAAAUGGUUCUGCAACUGAUCAAAGUCUUGUUGAUGAUGCGAAUUCAGCAUAUAAAGAUCGAAAUCAUCGAGAAGCUGAAUUAGCAACAUCGAGUUAUGGAUUAUAUGCGAGUCGAAAAGAUCUUCUUUCUUUCACAAUGUUGAAUCGUGCUAUGCUUCCAUGUUUUCAUCAAGAAUUACGGAAUUGGGCAUCAACACAUGUUGAUACUAAAAAUAAUACUCUUUCAGUGAGUUUUUUUUUGUUUCAACUUCGAAUAAAAUGAUAAUAAUAUAUUUAUUUAGGUGGAUGAAGCAUUAGCUUGUUGGUUGUUGAAUAUUGAAUUUGGACAUUCGACAAAUGUUCCGAAAAUGAAUUCAAAAUAUUCAAAUUUGGUUGUUGAGCAAACUCGUCAUCAUGAUGAAGAUUAUUCAGAUUCAGAUGAUGAAGAAUUGACAAAUGAACAGAUUUUGGAUAAAAUGUUCCGAAAAAUCAAUGUAAGGAUUAAUUUUCUUCAAAUAAAUUCCAAACGUUUUUUUUUCAGAUAAAUUGCACAGUUUCGGAUUUGAAUUCUCAACACAAUGAAUGUGAAAAUGAUGGAUAUCACAGUGAAACACCUUGGGAUAUUGCAGUUAAUACAGCUCGUGAUGUUGUACUUCUUCAUUCUUCAAUGAAAGUUGUUGGAAAUAAUAGGGUAAUUUUCAAGCUAGUUUAUUAAUUAAGACCUUUUUAAAGUUCAAUUCGAAAUACUGAGCUCUUGAUUCAAUAAAUUUCAGAGUAUUCCGGUGGAUUCUGAAAUUGUUGAUCGCAUUAGAGAAGAAAAAUCAAUGAUUUUGAAAACGGCGGCAAUGAAACAAGAAGAAGUUGAAGAUGUUAAAUUCAUGUUUAGUUUAACUCGACCUGCAAGAUGGGCUCUUUAUCAAUAUUGGUGCAAUGAUUUGGUUAGUUUUUAAAUAUGAAAAUACAUUAAUUUUAUAUGAAAACAAGUUUUACUUCAGAGGAAGAAACUUUGUGAAAUUAUUCCACAUUCUAUUGAAAGCUAUAAGGCGUCUUGUUUAAAAAUCAAAAAAUGCAAUGAAAAACUUGAUGCUUCAAUUAGUAAAAGUGCAAUGAUUCUUGGAUGUACAACUUCUGGAUGUUCAAGACUUCGACCAAUGUUGGAAAGAGUUAAACCAAAAAUAUUAGUUGUUGAAGAAGCAGCGGAAGUUUUCGAAUCACACAUGCUAUCUGCAAUGGUUCCAAGUAUUGAACAUACAAUUAUGAUUGGAGAUCAUCAACAAUUGAGACCAAAUCCUUGUUUGUUUUAUUUUCAGAAAAAAAUAUAAUAUUUUAUUUACAGCUGUUCAUGUUCUUGGAAGAGAAUAUGGUAUGGAUAUUUCAAUGUUUGAAAGAUUGAUUGAACGUGGAUUGCCAUAUUCACAAUUGAAAGAACAACAUCGAAUGAAUACAAAUAUUGCUGACCUUAUUGUUCGACCUGGUUUCUAUCCAAAGUAAGUAUUUAUUUUAAUCGUUAUUCUUUAUAUACUUUCUUUUUUUUUAGUGUUUAUGAUUCGGAAAGUGUCAAAGAAUAUCCACCAGUUGAUGGUUUUGAACAUAAUCUAUAUUUUUGGUCGCAUUGUGAAAAAGAAGAAACUCACGAUGGUGUUUCGUGGUAUAAUAUUUAUGAAGUCAACAUGGUUAUUUCAUUGGUUCAACAUUUGUUGAAACAGAAUUACACCAGAAAUGAUGUAUGUUUUAUUUUUGUACACUAAAAAUCUUCAUUUUUAUCUUACAGAUCACAAUUAUCACAACAUAUUCAGCACAACGAAACGAGCUUUUGAUGAGUCUUUCAAAGGUUUUUGGAGGAUCUUUCGAUGAGCCAAUUAUUCCUGUUGAAACGGUUGAUAGUUUUCAAGGACAAGAAAAUAAAAUAGUGAUUGUUAGUCUUGUUCGAUCACAUCGUGGAAUUACGGAAAACACUGGAAUUGGAUUUUUGGCUGUUGAAAAUCGUAUUUGUGUUGCAUUGACUCGAGCAAAACAUGGAAUGUAUAUUGUUGGAAAUGGUGCAUAUAUUGCAAAUAGUUCGAAAUUAUGGUCAAAAAUCACUGAUAAUUUGAUACCAAAGAAUAUGAUUGGAUAUCAUAUUGAUAUCAAAUGCACAACUCAUGGAAAUAUUCAGGUGACAACAAUUUUAUAGGAUUUUUUGAAUAAAAUCAUUUAAUUUUAGAAAAUUGAAAAACCAAGUGAUUUCGAUACAUUUUCACCAGAAGGAGGAUGUUCGGAAAAAUGUGAUAUUCAAAAAAUGUGUGGUCACAAAUGUCAGAAAAAGUGUCAUCCAAAUGUUGAAUCAAUUCAUUUACAACCUUGUUAUUAUGAAUGCCAAAAAUCGUGCAAAAACAAUCAUUCUUGCAAAAAGAAGUGUUAUGAAGAUUGUGGUAAUUGUAUGGAAUAUAUUGAAAAGAAAAUGGAUUGUGGACAUAUUGUUAUAACACCAUGUUUUAGUUUUGAAUCAGCUGUUUGUGAUCAAAAAUGUUUGAAAAAACUCGAAGGAUGUGGACAUAAUUGUAUGAAUAAAUGUGGAGAAAAAUGUAUGGAAGAAAAAGAUUGUAAAGAGUUAAUUGAAGAAGAAUUGAAAUGUGGACAUCGGAAAAUGAUUGAAUGUUAUCAUCACAAAACAAAUGAUAAUUUUGAAUGUGUUGAAAAAUGCGAUCGAAAAAUGCUUGGUUGUAAUCAUCGAUGUCCAGAAUUAUGCGGAAAAAUGUGUCCAUUACAAUGCAAUGAAUUUGUUGAUACAAAAUUAUCAUGUGGUCAUUAUUUAGCAAUUAAAUGUCAUAAUAUCAGCAAAAAUGGAGAAUUUGAUGAAGAUUUAUUCGAAUGUAUAACACUUGUUAGAAAAAGAUUGGAACCAUGUAACCACGAAAUGAAUAUUAGAUGUAAUGAUAAACCAAUUACAAUUUAUUGUAAUUAUGUUUGUCGAGAAAAAUUGGAAAAAUGUGGACAUGAAUGUGGAGAUGUUUGUUCAACUUGUUUCACAUGUCAGUUUUUCAUUUUUAAUUAAAACAAUUAAUUUGAAAUAUUUCAGCUGGUUCUCAUAAUUGUCAAAAACAAUGUCCAAAAGUUCUUGAUUGUGGUCAUUCUUGCACGUCAAAAUGUGGUUCAAAAUGUGAAGCAUGUCAAUCUUUUUGCGAAAAUGCAUGUUCUCAUAUGAGUUGUGGAAUUCAAAAUAAAGGAUAUGGUCGAGAAUGUCGAAAACUGUGUGUUUUAUGCACGAACAAUUGUCAGAAUAAAUGUAUUCAUCGAAGUUGCGAUCAGAAAUGUUUUGAAGAAUGUCGUAUUCCAAUUUGUUCCGAAGUUUGUAAAAUGGCAUUGAAAUGUGGACAUGGAUGUCUUGGAAUGUGUGGUGAAAUAUGUCCAAAUAUUUGUGGAACUUGUAAUCGAAAAGGAUAUUCUGAUAUUGUGGAAUGUAUUGAAAAUAAAGAAAAUGCAAAACUUUAUCGACUCAUUCAAUUGAGAAAUUGCGGUCAUAUUUUCCCAGUUCAGGUAUGAUUUAUACACAUAUUUUCAAAGGCUAUCAACAUAUUAUUUAAAAAUAGUAUUUUCCCAUUAAAUAAUCUCAAAAUUUUCAACAAUAUAUUAAUUUUUGUGUUCAGUUCCUUGAUGAUUAUGUUGAAUCGAAAAAAGCGUCAAUGUCACCUUUGAUUUGCCCGCGAAAUGGGUGUUCGAAACAAUUUGGAGAAGUUUGGAGAUAUGCUGCAUAUUCGAAAAAAGUUGUUCUUGAACAAAACAAAACGAAACUUCGAAAAAUGACGAUAAAUCGAGAUCCAGAUGAUGAAAUUAAAAGUAUGAGAACUAUGGUUGAAAGUAUGAUAACAAGCAUGAGAAAAUCAGAAAAACAUUCACAAGGAACAUCAAAAGCUGUGAAAUCAAUAUGUUCGAGUUUUUAUAAUUGGUUGAUUAACGAUUAUGUGAAAUUGAUUUAUGGAUGUAAUCGAGAUAUUGUUAAUACCGAAUUCUAUCGACAAACUUCAAUGUUGGUUUUUUUUUAGAAUAUUAUAAUGUAAAAUCUGAAUUAAUUCGAUACUUUCAGCUAUAUCACUGGACUUGUUUAUAUUUUCAAUUCAGUUCUUCUGGUUCGAAUAAAUAAAAAGAAAAAAGACUAUCCACCAACAGUCGAACAAUUAUUAUUGGAUGUUUUUUCGGAUUGUGAUAUGUUCCAGAGACAGGUAAAUAAUUUUGUUAGGUCAAGAUAUAAAAUGUUAUUGAAUCCCAAAUUGAACGAUCAACAUUUGUUUUAGAUGAAUGCAAUCAAUGAAGUUCUAGUUGAACUUCGAAAAGUUAUUCAAUUUGGAUUUCUUGGUGCUGUUAUUCCAAAACUUCGAUUUUCACUUGCUCGUUCAAAUUGUGUUCUUCAGUUAAUGGUUUUGUGUCGGUAUUUGAAAAUGAAUGAAACUGAUAUGAGUGUACAAUUUGCUAAUGCUCUCAAAGCAAAUUGUAUUGCAUUAUUCGAAAGAUCAGAGAAAACUGAUUUAGUUGGAUGUUGUGGUUAGUUUUAUUUAUUAUUUAUGUUAGACUAUUUAACGAUGCAUUAUUUUUACAGAAAUAAUUGAAAAAAUGAUUAUUAGUCAAUAUCCAACAAUUGAGAGAAUCGAUGGGUUCAAGAAAUGGGUUUCUUACGGGUUCCCUGAUUUUUAA